GUCUCCGCCAUAUUGCAUUUGUUCGGUGGCGAGUGAUCGUCUACUUUCGCACAAUUUGUAAUGUUUUAAAUGCCAUAAAUAAUAUUGUACCUAGAACUGUUCGUGUCUGUUUAGUUCUAAGGUUGUUUUUUAUUUUAAGUUUGGUUAUAAUUCAUUUCAAGUGUUUUGUGUAAAUAAAAUUGUUGAAAAUUGUUCUGGGUUCCACCAUUGAACUAACCAAGUAGUGACCGAGUACCAGAAAAGGUUCACCCGCACCGACAGCGCGUUGCAGACCAGGUGUUUCUUACAGGGAAUGUAGAGUUAGAUCAUCAUGAAUGGCGAAGUAAAUGGUACUAUGGAUAAGCCUGUUGAGGCUUCUAUUCCUAGCCCACCGGACAAUCUGCAAGAUGAAAAAAAGGAUGCUUCUGAAGGCUGUGAUAAUGGAACUACUGUCUGUGAAAAUAGCAAUAAUACUGAGGACAGUAAUCACUUAGACAGUGAAAAUAGUCAAGAAUGUAUAACUAUCUGUAAACCUGAGAAUUCAGAAAAUGAUGUUAGCAAUGGCAGUGACAGUCAAAAACAUGCCAUUAAAAUAUCUUCAGUGUCUGAACAUGAAAAUAGCAAUAAUACGUUUUUGGAGAACAACAGUGGUAAUAGUAAUGAAUCAUAUCCAGAAUCUGUGAACAGCUCACACACUUUGUCUGAGACUACUGAUCAAAUCAUAAUUCAAAAUAUUGAUGAAAAAAGCAAAGAAGAAUCACCAGUAAGGAAAUUUGCUACAGGCACAACCAGCAUAACUCAGAUCACUCAAAUAGAUGAGAAUUCUGACGAAAUUGAUACAGAUGAUUCGUCAGUAGAUGUAUUCGAGGGUGAGCCUAGAGCUGAAGAUACAGUUAGUAUCAACUCUGAUUCAGACCCAGAAGGAGCAGAUGACUUAUCACAGGAAGGAGUGUUAUCCAUCAAACGUCAUAAUAUAAUUAUACUGGAAAAUGAAAAUGAAGGGUCAUCAAGUGUAAAUGAAAAUUCUCAUGGUACACCAAGUCCAGAAGUUCAAGAAAUUUUAAGUGAUAACGAUGAUGUUAUUUUAGCCGACGAUAAAAGCAAUACAAACGACAGUGAUAUAAAAAUUCAGUUGCGACGUAGUAGUAGAGCAAUAAAACGUAAACGGUAUAACGACAAUAUGGAAAAUGGUGAUCAUAAUGCAGAAGAUGUACCGAUUAAUGCUAACUUUCUUCGCAAAAACAGCCCCAUAGUUAUCAAUGAUACUAAAGUUUUAGCUGAUAUGGCUGCAAAGCAGAUGAAAAGCUCUCAAUAUGACAAUCAAAAAUCUGAGCCAACUGUUGUAAUCAUUGACACUAUGUCAUCUGGCAAUACUGAGAAGUCUAGUGUACCUCGGAAGCACACGGGGACCACACCGGGUACCGAAAUAAGUGCACAAAAUUACUACAAAAGUCUUCAACUCCGUGGAACAACUGUCACCCCAGUUAGUACAAAGUCCAAUGCUUCAACUCAGAGCUCACAGACCUCUCAACCCUCAAUAUUACCUUCAUUGACAGAUGACAUGUUUGUUGUAGAAGCACCUUCCUUCAUAGUGCCCUAUGUGUAUGAAAAACCUUCAGUCAAGCCUUUUCGAGAGUUUGUUGACCUAUUGGGCAAAGAGCUAGACGAAAAGAAAGCCAAAGAAGAGAAAGAGAAGAAACUGAAGGAAGAAAAGGAGAAAAGAAAAGAAAAAAUCAAGCAAGAAAAUAUGGAAAAAGGAGAGGACGAUGAUGCGGAUGAGGAAGGUUCAUCACACGCGGUGAGUGAGCCAGAACCAAACGAGGAGAAAACGGAAGAAAAGAAGAAGAAGAAAAAAGACAAGCGAAGGCGCGGCGACGAGGAUGAUGCGUCCUGGGAUGGUGAAACCUCCACAGACUCUGAGGAUGAAAUCUUGAUGAGUGACGAAGAAGAUAAGACUAUUAUUAUUAAAGAUAAAGUUGACGCUAUAAAUCAGAUAAAGAGCGUCUCAGAUUUAACUGCAGAUAAAGUGUGCUCAUCAAAAUCUGAUAAUUAUUUUGAUUGUUCUCUCGGGAAGUUUUUUAUUAAUAUUGGGUUAAGUCUUGUACAAGAGUAUGUACAGAGUGAUUUAUUAAAACAACAAAAUCGAAAACUGAAUAGGGAAAAGAAGACGGGAGUCAAUACAAAAAGUACUGAACAGUCCAUUGCUUCUCUUAUGAAGAAUCUAGAAUUAAGUAAAGAAACAAACGUACCAUACUCAUUUCCUCAAAGUAAAUGCGAAUUUUGUAGUUUUAAGACAGAGUCUAAGUUGGCAAUGUCUCAUCACUUAGAGACGCCACAUAUGAAGAAUAAUGUUUAUAAAUGUAAUUUCUGCACAUUCGAAAUACGCAGUCCUCACGAUAUAUUAUUCCACAUGGAAGCCGAGCAUAAUAUUAGAGGAAGAUUAGAAAGGGCACCGGCGUAUCAUCAAUGCGCCAAUUGUCCUUUCGAGGACAACGGCAAAGGCAAAUUGGCUCGACAUCUAAUACCGUGUGCCAAGAAGUUUAAGCCUGAUUUGAAUUUGGCCCCACCACUUGAAUGGGAGCCACCUGCUAAAAUACCAAAGAUAACGAGGUCGCGAAAUAACAUGCUGGGCUCAUACCAAAACACGUUCAAUCGGAACAACGUGGGUAACAACGUGGGUCGGCCGUCGCUGUACGUGUCUAACGUGGGGCCCGGCGCGAGUUCGUACCGGCCGCGCGGGCGCACGCCCAUGCCGGUCGCGCCGCGGCCCGUGCCCGUCCACGGCGGAGCGUCGGUACUCAGGGGCGGCGUUAUGGUGCGGCAUAACACACCCGUACUUAUGUCCUCAAAUUAUUCUGCUAACAAUACGAAGCAGAAGUCAGUUCACCAGCCGUCUAUAUCCAUCACCCCUCUACCUCGACAACCGCAGCCGGUGCAGUUGCCGCAGCCGUCACACAACUCGAAGAGCACGUUCGUCAUCUGCGAGAUCUGUGACGGCUACAUAAAGGACCUCGACCAGCUGCGGAAUCACAUGCAGUGGAUACACAAAGUGAAGAUCCAUCCAAAGAUGAUCUACAACAGACCGCCGCUAAACUGCCAAAAAUGUCAAUUUAGGUUCUUUACCGAUCAAGGGCUUGAAAGACAUUUAUUGGGAUCGCACGGUCUCGUCACCAGUUCGAUGCAAGAGGCGGCCAACAAAGGCAAGGAUGCCGGCAGAUGUCCCGUGUGUGGCAGGGUAUACCAGUGGAAGUUAUUGAACCACGUUGCGAGGGACCACAACCUGACGCUGAAGCCUGCCCACCUCUCGUACAAAUGCACCGUGUGUACCGCCACCUUCGGCAUGUACAAACAAUUCGAGAACCACGUGUACUCAGCUCACAGCGUCGUCGCCAAACGAGUAAUGGAUAAGAGCAAGGGCGCCGCACCUGUAAAGACUAAUAGGGAAUCCCUUCUAAAGCCAUUGAAAAUUAACGAAGAGAUUACUAUAAUACCGCAACCAGUAAAGGUGGCGCCCACACAAGUUGAUGACGAACAUUAAGAACAGGAAUUGGCGCCACCAAAGAAUAAGUCGCCUCAUCUUCGGCCCGCGAACUUGCCGUAGCCUUCGUGCCACAUCAUUGCGAGGGCCCCAGCGCCAGGAGCCAGGGGCCCUCACGACGCACUCCGCUAUUAGUGUACAUUCCAACUCGUAAAUCUAGCUUAAUGAAACGCGACUUAGAAAUUUAGGCAUAUAUUUAUUUGGUACACGAUAAGCAAGUAACAAGUUCAGAGUGACUAGUAGUUCACCCUUGUUACAUCGAUCUAGGUAUUUAGAGUUCCAAAGGAGUAUUAUACACUGCCCAGGCUUCAAAAGCCAGUGAUACAUUAACUAUAUCAUGAAUUCGAUUACGGAAAGUAGGUUUCAGAUUCCUUUAAAUACAAGCAAUGAUGCACGGCGGUCAUUUGUCAUUUUUGAUGUUGUAAAUUUAAGUAACAAAUAACGUAAUUAUAAUAAAACAUUGGAAUGUACACUGAUUACAGGAAUAACAUAACUCAUACCUUUAUAUAUAUGCUAAACAUACCUCAGCGAAUCUUAGAUAUAAUAUUGUAAUUUUAUGGGGGAUAUUAUAAUGUCAUGUUCUGAGAUGGGUAAAUUAGAGUUUAAAUAAGAACUCCUUAAUUUAUAUGCAAAAAAAGAAAGAAUUAGGGUUGCGUUAUUGCCUUGAAAUGCAGAGUCCGUCUAUCGUAAUAAUGAUUAAAUAACUACCUUUUUUGACAAUAUAAUAACGACACAAUGGCCCGAUGACUUGUCUUUAUCAGGCUACUAGCGAAUCAUAGCUUGAGAAUUUAAGUUAUAUAUACACGUUUAAUUGUUGUUUUGUUGUCAAAUGUUUUGUACGUCCUCAAAUCAAAGCACAGCUUAAUUCUGUACAGGCAACAAAUUAAAGAGAAAGUUUACGAUCUACAUACUAUGUAAGUAGAUAAUGUUAAGUCUGGUUGAUUGUGAAUUAUUGUGAGUACGACUAAGACAUUUAGUCCCAUAGUUAUGUGCUUAGUUUGAAUGAUUUGAAUAACAUUGAAUGAGUCUGACAAAUGUUUACUUGAAGUAAAAUAUUUAAUGCCCGGGUUCGACUAUAGUACCUAUUAAAACAUAAUUAGUCUUUGUUAAGAUCGACUCACAAGCAAUAAAACGCUUUUUACACUUGGCGGUAUCCUACUCAUCAUAAUUAUCUUUCUUGAAUUUGUCAAGUCUAAGUCUGGCGCGCGUGAAAAUAAAUCCAAAUGCUAGUAGAGAGGAUAAUUAUGUUUGCGAACGGCAUAUAGUCACGGCACAUGAUGACAACGAAAUUACAUCUAUAGCAAUAACGUAAUAGUUACACAACGUGCGGCCACGACUUUAUAAAUUGCUCGUUUGUAUUCGCAAACUACUCAAGUUGCUCUCAUUUUACAUGCCCCAGACCUGUAUUUGACAAAUUCAAGAAACUGAAUUAGGAUGAGAUGAAUAUCAUUUUUGUAUAUGCGUAUUGAGUCUGAAUACUUUUUAUUAAUGUGCUCAAGUAAGACGUCCAAACCAAUUUUUAGUCAAGUGUGAUUAGCGCUUAGAUUGGGUAGUUUCAAUUAUUAAUUUAUUAUUGGCUAAUCUUGGUUAGAAUUUCACGUA